AUGACUGCAAUGACUGUAUUUUUUCCUUUGGAUACAGCUAGGCUUAGACUUCAGGUCGAUGAGAAGCGGAAGUCUAAGACAACCCCAGCAGUCCUCCUGGAAAUAAUCAAAGAAGAAGGCCUGUUGGCACCCUAUCGAGGAUGGUUCCCUGUUAUCUCCAGCCUUUGCUGCUCCAAUUUUGUUUAUUUUUAUACAUUUAAUAGUCUUAAAGCUCUCUGGGUCAAAGGUCAGCAUUCAACCACUGGGAAAGACUUGGUUCUUGGGGUCGUUGCAGGUGUAGUCAAUGUACUCUUGACCACUCCUCUUUGGGUAGUGAACACACGGCUGAAGCUGCAGGGAGCAAAAUUUAGAAAUGAAGACAUUGUACCCACCAAUUACAAAGGCAUCAUAGAUGCCUUUCACCAGAUAAUCCGAGAUGAAGGAGUCUUAGCUCUGUGGAAUGGUACUUUCCCUUCCUUGCUGCUGGUCUUCAAUCCUGCCAUACAGUUCAUGUUUUAUGAAGGCUUCAAACGGAAGCUUUUGAAGAAGCAGCUGCAACUCACCUCUCUGGAUGCUUUUGUCAUUGGUGCAGUAGCCAAAGCAGUUGCCACCACCCUCACCUACCCCCUGCAGACAGUCCAGUCAAUUCUACGGUUUGGGCGCCACAGGCUGAACCCGGAGAACCGAACGCUGGGCAGCCUCAGGAACGUCCUUUACCUGCUCCAGCAGAGAGUCAGGCGUUUUGGAUUAAUGGGACUCUACAAAGGCCUUGAAGCAAAGCUCCUGCAGACAGUGCUUACUGCAGCUCUCAUGUUCCUAGUGUAUGAGAAGCUGACUGCUGCAACCUUCACAGUCAUGGGGUUAAAGCGUUCACGCAGGCAGUGAAGGAGGAACCUAUGCCAAAGAUUAUGGGCUCUAGAAAACACGUUCCAUUUUGGAGAC